UAUCAAUCACAGGGUCAAAAAAAUCAUGAGCUUUGUCUAUAUUAAGCAGUGGAUUAUCAGCUUAUUGCAUUCCACUUUCACACUCUCAUUGUCUCCUUGAAACUAUAAACUGGAGCAGAGGAGACCAGUACUACAUUCUUUCUUCUGAAAAUCUACAAUCAAAUUUAUCCUCUUCCUGCAUAUUUUUUUCUCUCUCUCUCUCCUUUUCUUUCCCUCUUUGAAGUUUUAGCUUCUGCGUUGGUUUCACUAUAUUUCAAGUAAAUAGCUCGAUCUGGGUACUAGAAUGGGGAAGUUGUUAAUACCCAUUUUAGGACUUCUCCUAUUGUGCUACUUGGCAGAUGCAGCUGGUGAAACAAAGCAUCUAAAAUACAAAGAUCCAAAACAGCCAUUAGGUGUUAGGAUUAAAGACUUAAUGAGCAGAAUGACUCUCGAAGAAAAGAUUGGGCAAAUGGUACAGAUUGAACGCAGUGUUGCUGCUCCAGAUGUCAUGAAAAAGUAUUUUAUAGGGAGUGUGCUGAGUGGUGGAGGAAGUGUGCCAGCACCAAAGGCUUCAGCUGAGACUUGGGUAAAUGCAGUGAAUAAUAUUCAAAAGGGGGCUCUAUCGACUCGGCUUGGAAUUCCUAUGAUUUAUGGGAUUGAUGCAGUUCAUGGACACAACAAUGUGUACAAAGCCACAAUAUUUCCUCACAAUGUGGGUCUUGGAGUGACCAGGGAUCCUGAUCUUGUAAAAAGGAUUGGAGAAGCAACUGCUCUUGAAGUUAGAGCUACAGGAAUCCCUUAUGUUUUCGCUCCAUGUAUCGCAGUUUGCAGGGAUCCUAGAUGGGGACGGUGUUAUGAGAGCUACAGUGAAGAUCAUAGAAUUGUUCAAGCAAUGACUGAGAUUAUACCUGGUUUACAAGGAUACCUCCCUGCAAAUUCUAAAAAGGGUAUUCCUUUUGUCACUCCUGGAAAGACUAAGGUUGCAGCUUGUGCAAAGCACUAUGUUGGAGAUGGUGGCACGACCAGGGGCAUCAAUGAGAACAACACUGUGAUAAAUUUGCAAGGGUUGCUCAAUAUCCACAUGCCGGCAUACUACAAUGCUAUUAGCAAGGGAGUUGCCACAGUCAUGGUCUCCUACUCCAGCUGGAAUGGAAAGAAGAUGCAUGCUAGUCAGGAUCUUGUCACUGGAUUCCUGAAGAACAAGAUGAAAUUCAGGGGGUUUGUAAUAUCAGAUUGGCAAGGAAUUGACAGGAUUACCUCUCCUCCACAUGCUAAUUAUUCAUUUUCUGUUGAAGCUGGAGUCGGUGCCGGAAUUGACAUGGUCAUGGUUCCGUAUAACUUCACAGAGUUCAUUGAUGAUCUGAGCUAUCAGGUGAAGAACAAGAUAAUCCCAAUGAGCAGGAUUGAUGAUGCUGUAAAAAGAAUUUUGAGGGUUAAAUUUACCAUGGGUCUGUUCGAGAACCCACUUGCUGAUCUCAGUUUGGUCAACCAACUUGGCAGUCAGGAACAUAGAGAAUUAGCAAGAGAAGCUGUAAGGAAAUCGCUUGUGCUACUGAAGAAUGGUGAAUCUGCUGAUAAACCAUUAUUGCCACUUCCCAAGAAAGCACCAAAGAUACUAGUUGCUGGAAGCCAUGCUGAAAAUUUGGGCUAUCAAUGUGGAGGCUGGACAAUCACAUGGCAGGGUCUUGGUGGCAAUGACCUCACAACUGGUACGACAAUUCUAGAUGCAGUGAAGAACACAGUUGAUGCUGGCACCCAAGUUGUCUACAACGAAAACCCAGAUUUUAACUUUGUCAAGUCAAAUAAAUUCUCCUAUGCCAUUGUUGUAGUUGGGGAGCCACCAUAUGCAGAAACAUAUGGUGACAGCCUCAAUCUGACAAUACCUGAACCCGGACCGAGUACUAUCACAAAUGUGUGUGCAGCUGUCAAAUGUGUGGUCGUCGUCAUAUCCGGUCGCCCUGUUGUGAUCCAGCCUUAUCUCACAUAUAUAGAUGCUCUUGUAGCUGCUUGGCUUCCUGGAACUGAAGGCCAAGGUGUUGCUGAUUUGCUGUUUGGUGAUUAUGGAUUCACUGGCAAGCUUGCACGGACCUGGUUCAAGACAGUAGACCAGCUCCCUAUGAAUGUGGGGGAUAAAAAUUAUGACCCUUUGUUUCCCUUUGGGUUUGGUCUAGCAACUAAGCCUACCAAGAAGUAAGGUUCAUCAAAUGGGAGAGCUAUCUUGUAUUAGACACUAUCUGUUUUGCACUUUCAUGGUUAAAACUCUGUGAAGCUAUUUUUCCCUCUUCAUGAGGAGCUUUACAAAGGGUCAAGCUCUCAACAAAGGAUGUCAUUGGGAUGUAUGAUUUUCAGACCAAUUGAAUGAUAAAUGACUGGCUGUUAUGCUUUCCAGUUUUCCC